AUGGCAUUAAAUAACUCAGUAAUUGGUGGUCAACUGGCAAUAAACAACAUCAAUAAUCAGGUCAUAAUAGUCCAGUUACUUAUCUUGAUGUUUCUUUGCAUCAACCUUUUGCUAAUCACAACAUUUUUUAUGAAGGAUAUUUUUUACACAACUAUGCGUUACAUCUUAUUUGCCAUUGCACUGUUGUCUGAUUCACUUUUUUUGCUAAUAACUAAUGUCUUGCUCAUUUUGAGUUAUUUUAGUUUCACCAUACAAGUGUGGUUGUGUGUUAUUAUAUAUAUUGUUUUGUCUGUGUACACAUUUGUCACACCAGUUACUCUGACAGCAAUGACCCUGGAGCGUUACGUGGCCAUUUGCGUUCCCCUCCGUCAUGCAGAACUGUGCCGAACACAGAGAGCUCUGCACUUCAUCCUGAUCAUUCAUGGUCUGAGCUCUGUUCCCUGCAUUGUUAUUCUUUCUAUUUUCUUUGCUUCAGCAAUCACCAGCUUCUAUACCCAGAGCAGAAUUUGUGCUGUUGAAAUGUUCAUUUUUCACAGAUGGCAAUCCCAUAUGCGCACAGCGUCUAUCUGA